UGCCGGUCUGAAGGCUGCGCCUGCUCAGUGGCUCCUGCGCGCAGGAGGUUGAAGUGGUGAAACUGAAGCGAAAGGCUGGUGGUCGUCCGUGGCCGCGAUGACCCAGGCCGAGAAGGGUGACGCGGAGAACGGGAAAGAGAAGGGCGGGGAAAAGGAGAAGGAGCAGCGCGGCGUGAAGCGGCCCAUCGUGCCAGCCUUGGUGCCGGAGUCACUGCAGGAGCAAAUCCAGAGCAACUUUAUUGUUGUCAUACAUCCAGGCUCAACAACGUUAAGAAUUGGUCGAGCCACAGACACGCUCCCUGCCAGCAUUCCUCAUGUCAUUGCACGGAGACACAAGCAACAAGGCCAGCCUCUGUACAAGGACAACUGGCUCCUAAGGGAGGGACUGAAUAAACCCGAGAGUAACGAACAAAGACAAAAUGGCCUUAAAAUGGUGGAUCAAGCAAUAUGGUCUAAAAAGAUGUCAAAUGGUACAAGACGGAUUCCUGUGUCUCCUGAACAGGCACGCUCCUACAACAAGCAGAUGCGACCUGCGAUUUUAGAUCACUGUUCUGGAAAUAAGUGGACAAACACAUCUCAUCAUCCUGAGUAUUUGGUAGGAGAAGAGGCCUUGUAUGUUAAUCCGCUGGACUGUUACAAUAUUCACUGGCCCAUCAGAAGAGGUCAGUUAAAUAUUCACCCUGGACCUGGGGGCUCCCUUACAGCUGUUCUGGCAGAUAUUGAAGUGAUAUGGUCUCAUGCAAUUCAAAAAUACUUGGAAAUCCCUCUGAAAGAUUUAAAGUAUUAUAGGUGUAUCUUAUUAAUUCCUGAUAUCUAUAAUAAACAGCAUGUGAAAGAACUAGUGAAUAUGAUACUAAUGAAGAUGGGUUUCUCAGGGAUUGUGGUUCAUCAAGAGUCUGUGUGUGCUACCUUCGGAAGUGGCUUAAGCAGCACUUGUAUUGUAGACGUUGGGGACCAGAAGACAAGUGUGUGCUGCGUGGAGGAUGGGGUGUCUCAUCGGAACACUCGGCUCUGUCUAGCAUAUGGGGGAUCUGAUGUGUCAAGAUGUUUUUACUGGCUCAUGCAGCGAGCUGGGUUCCCUUAUAGAGAAUGCCAGUUAACAAAUAAAAUGGAUUGCCUUCUACUCCAGCACCUUAAAGAAACAUUCUGUCAUUUAGAUCAGGACAUCUCUGGGCUUCAGGACCAUGAAUUUCAGAUUCGACAUCCAGAUUCUCCUGCCUUGCUUUACCAGUUUCGAUUAGGAGAUGAAAAGCUCCAGGCUCCAAUGGCUUUAUUUUACCCAGCCACUUUUGGAAUUGUUGGACAGAAAAUGACAACCUUGCAGCACAGAUCCCAAGGUGAUCCUGAGGAUCCUCAUGAUGAACAUUACCUACUGGCCACGCAAAGCAAGCAGGAACAGUCUGCAAAAGCUACUGCUGACCGAAAGUCUGCAUCCAAACCCAUUGGAUUUGAAGGGGAUCUUCGAGGCCAGUCUUCUGAUCUUCCAGAAAGACUUCAUUCCCAGGAGGUGGACUUGGGGUCCUCCCAGGGAGACUGCCUGAUGGCCGGCAACGACUCUGAGGAGGCUCUCACUGCUUUGAUGUCCAGGAAGACUGCCAUCUCGCUGUUUGAAGGGAAAGCCCUGGGCCUUGAUAAAGCCAUCCUUCACAGCAUAGACUGCUGUUCAUCUGAUGAUACCAAAAAGAAGAUGUACAGCUCCAUCCUGGUGGUGGGAGGUGGUUUGAUGUUCCACAAAGCACAAGAAUUCCUGCAGCACAGAAUUCUUAACAAAAUGCCUCCUUCAUUCAGGCGAAUUAUUGAAAAUGUAGAUGUGAUCACAAGGCCUAAGGACAUGGAUCCCCGGCUGAUUGCGUGGAAAGGAGGGGCAGUGUUGGCAUGUUUGGAUACGACACAGGAACUGUGGAUCUAUCAGCGAGAAUGGCAGCGCUUUGGCGUCCGCAUGUUACGAGAACGCGCUGCUUUUGUGUGGUGAAGUGGGAAGGAAAAGCCACAGUUGAAGACCAGAAACAAGUCUCUUGGUAUAAAAGACUUGAAGAAUGUAUAUAUUUUAAUUUAUUGAAUUACAUCCUUAAUUUUCAUAGAAAAUAAAUGAAUUCCACUUUAUGUUCAGGAUAUAACAUUGGUUUGAUAUUAUGUGUUUUCAUAGUUGGGACAUUUGAGGAUAAAUAUGAACUUACUCUUCAGUUGUAAACUCUUCUGCCCCUUUGGGAGGGUUUCAUAAACUCUCCAGUGAUGUCAGAUGUUGCUGUUGAAUGCCCUCCUUGGUGAAUAUCGCUGGAUAACCGUGGAGAUCCCCAAGUAGAGAUGUGGACCCUUGACUCACCCUGCCCACCUAUAGGUUUGCUGGUUUCCAUCCCAGAAGACUUGAGAAUGCAUCAGUAAGAUGCAAUAAAGAGAUUAGGCAGAAUUUUAGAAGUGUACACUCAGAAAUAGAGGGCGGGCCCUCUAAGAGGAGAAGUACCCUUGAGCUGUGUAUGUUUCUGGGGGAUUUAGGAGCGGAAAUCCUAGGAAUUGAGGAUCUAUGCAAAAGGAGGUUCUGUUUACACAUGAAGGGGGACAGCUCUGCAGGCGAAGUGUGAUGGGCCACUCCAGGUGAUACAGCCCUAGCCCAUCUUUAAUGGAGUGCCUGUUGUAGUCUAUAAGGUGGAUAAGACCCAUUUGCAAGUAAAAGGGAAUUUGUUUCUGCAAGGACUGUAGGGAUUUUUGACUGGUUUGUCCUGAAGUUGCAGUUUUUAUUAAAAGAACAGUGUUGAGAUUAAAAAUCGCCUUGUUUCCCUUUUACCUGUCACACU